AUGGAGGCCCACCCCCUCCUCCAAUCUCUCAUUGCCACCACCUCCACCACCACAUACGGUGUUCGUGCACUUUCCUCCCCGCCACCAAAAGUGGAUUCUCACGUCAUAAGCAAUGUUUCCGGCAUCCUUUUUCGUUUAACUUUGAUAACACUCAUAGGAAUUUUGGCUAUUUGGGCAAACCACGAGGCGUCCAAAGGCUUCUCCAUAACAAUUGUCAACGAUGCAGGUAAGUACUCAUUGCCUGGAAAACACUUUUCGCUCUUCUACCAAGCAAACGAUAAAGCGACAAGAAUUGUCCUCAAUACAAGCAGAUUUGUAGAAAAUCUCCUCUACCCUAAUAAAGACUUCCUACAUAUGAGGAAACAAAUCGAUGGUGUCACUCUUAGACUUGCCCCCACAGUUUUUCCCGGUAUUGUGGCAGUUGAUUCACCAAAACCCUAUGAAUAUAUAAUCAGUUUGAGUCCCUCGGUGAUGGAAACUUCGAACAACAAUGAAGAAGCCAUUGUAUUGGCGGUGCUACAAGGCAUGGCACGUGUAUGGCUGUGGGAUGGCAAUGGGGCAACUCCACCGGUGCUUUUGAACGGCAUGGUUGAAUAUAUAAGCAGUUUAGCAGGCUUCACACUGGCAGAAGCAUGGACGUCCAGUGGUGAUGCUACAAGAUCGCCGGAAAAGAAUGUUGUUUGCUGGACAGAUGAGCAGCCAAGAAUGGUGGCAUGGUUUUUGAGAUAUUGUGAUCAAAGAAAACAACCAGGUGGUGGUGGUGGCGGCGAGGUCAUCCGGAGGUUGAACCAAAAGAUGAGAACCGGAUGGCAUGAUUGGAUGAUGGAUGAAGCCUUAGGCAUGGCAGGUCAGCAUGCAUGUGCAUCUUACGACAUGCUGAUAAGGCAUCACAAUCUAUUAAGUUCAAUGUGA